GAUUUCUUUACAACAGGAAUUGCUGGUAUUUAUUGUGAACACCUUAUUGACUCUAAGUAGAACCACGUUCUGUUUUGGUUGUUUACGUUGCAUCUUUGCAUCCCCAUGAUCCACAAGCCGGAAAGUCGCCCCUUGUGCUAGAAAGGGCGUAGAAAACUGAACUCCGACCACUACAUCUUCGAGCAGAAUAACUAUCACACACCAACAUGGUGCGUAAGUUUUACGUUUCGAAGAAGCAGCGGGAGCUGCAGGCUGCGACUAGGGCGGAGCAGGCGAAACAGCAUAUGGUGUUCUCAAACGUUACAUUCUCAACUGUUACAUGAAUCUGUAAUGCAAGAAUGGCAAAAGCGAAAGGGUGAAGAGUGCAAAAAUUGCAUUACAAAUCCCGCGCAGAUAGAUUCAGGUGCUGUUUAGCCCUUCGCAAAUUUGUCAUGCCAAGCAGCUUGAUCUUGUGGAUGAUGAUGGUAGUGUUGCAUGACAAAUUCAUGUAACAGUUGAGAAUGUAACGUUUGAGAACACCAUACAGCACCAGGAGCAGUUGCAACGGGAAGUUGACUAUGAAUUGCAAAAAUGUCUGGGUCUGGAAGGUUGAAACUUGUAAUGCUAGCUCUGCAUUCCCGGGAAAUCUGUAUUGCAUAUCAAACAAAAGUCGCAGCCUCUUUUGUCAUGCAAAAACGCAGUUUGUCAUGCGGAGUGCCUAUGAGAAAGCGUUUUGGGAAGUUGUCAUGCUGGGCUGCAUUCGGAAGUGUUUUCAUCAUGGACAUUUUAGCAUCACAAGUUUCCAGACCCAGACAUUUUUGCAUUUGAUAUUGACCUGCUCAACAGUCCCGACUGCCUCAUCUUCCCCUCCUGGAUCCGCGUUUCCUGCCUGCUCUACUCCGCAUUUUUUGCCUUCUGCGCCGGGGCGUACUUUGGAAGAAUGCUCAUGCUCGGCGCACACCAUUUGGGUGGGGACCUCAGCGAAAAAGACGUCGACAAAGCCCUGGCUGCUCCUGAUACAAGUAGUACAGGUGCAACUAGUAGCACUGGGGGUGAUCAUCAUCAAGACACAAAGAGUGCCACUGGAGGCGCUGGAGCUGACGCUGCAGCUGCGGAGACCACUGCCGCGGCCAAAGCAGCAGCGAGAGACGACAAGAAGCAAACCGCCCCGGGCGCUGCAGAUGUGGAGAACAAGGGUGGAGCUGACAAGAGUAGCACGGAAGGGGCCGCCCCCGCGCAGUCUUUCCUCGAAUCUAAUGAGCACAAUGUCUACCCUGUAGUUUCCUACACCGCCACCACUUCGACCAGGUCCACCACGUAUCUGCGCAAGACGGGCGGUGCCUCUUCACCAGCUUUAUCCGGUAGUUCUUACCGAACAGAUGUAGUUCAGAGCCAUUCCCUUGCGACGUCGAACAAGAUGCAAAGUAGGAGAAGUUUCCUGCAGAAAAAGAACCGCAGUGAUGAUAUUCAAUCACAACUUCUACUUCAUGAUGAUCAUGCUGGCGGUGCUGGUCCGAGUACCCAACAAGGGCAGUUUCUCGAUGUUCCUCACCGUGAGGACACACCCGAAGAUCCUGGAACAUCCAUUUCAUCUCAUCUCCACACGACAACAUCCAGAAGAACGUCUUUUCUCGGUAGCCAGAAAAUCGUGAGGAGGGCGCGGCUGGCCGUGAUGAAAACCGCUGAAAGGCAGGGCUUGCACGAUAGAGGUAGAGCAGGAGAUGACAAGCAGAAAAACCAAAACGAGGCGGAGAACAAGAAAGUCGCAACAGCAGAUUCAAAUCAUGUUGAGAAAGAUACAACAACAUCGGGUGGAGCAGAGAAAGCAAAUGAAGAGGGACUGGUAGAGGAACCAGAUGACUUUUUAUCAAAUGCAAACAUCGGUCGAUCUGGGAGGUCGGGAUGAGGGCAGGCACUUGUCACGCAUUUUUUGGAUCAACACGCAGAAGAUGCCUGCAAAUAUGCUGUACAUUCAUGUAUCUUUUCGAUCACCCGCUUGCGCUUCAGAAGACGCCCCUUGAAGAUAUUAGAUGCCUAUGGUCGUCUCGCAUGAGAGAUUCGGUUCUCUUUUCAUGUUUUUAGCGAGAAAUGGACAAGAACUUUUGGUGCGUGACAUGCAACAAAUUUUUGUGUGGUUCGGGAUGAAGAACAUUUGCGUGACAACAAGCUUGAAUUCUACCAGAAGACGACCCAGAAGAUCUUCGAUAUCGAUGUUUGCAAUCGGCAUAGCUUCUGAUCGAUGCCGAUAAAGGCGAGGGAUUUCUCGGCGCGGCCGAUCCCGAUGCGGACUUAUGGAUUGCAAAUAUGUCUGGGUCUGGAAACUUGUAAUGCUAAAAGUGAAUGGUAAACGCACCGUAAUACGCAGAUAUGCAUGACAAAUUUUUUGGCUCCCGUGUCUUACGUAUUCCGCAUGACAAACUGCGUUUUUGCAUGACAGGUAAGAGGGCCUUUUCGUGCCUAUGCAACACAGAUUCUCGAAUCAUACCAGACAAGCAUGACAAACUUGCAUUCUUCCGGACCCAGACAUUUUUACAUUUGAUAGGACUCGAACAUUUACCACGAAGCACCAACGGCCGAAGGCACCUCUUCCUACCACCGGUGUGUGCGCCAGGUGCUGUGGCUCCACCUGUAUCCUGUGCAAAAGUAUCGUACUUGUAUAUAUAAUUGCAAUCAUGCGUUACAAAUCUUUUUCUUAAGGUAAAUCCGCAUUACAAAUUUCAUUUCUCAUGCUGAGGAAAAUUGUAAUGCAUUUAUGCAAUCGCGAUACUUUUGCAGUUCAUAAUCUGCGGGAUGCCUGGGUCGCUGGAGCGCUCGGCUUCGUGGGAUUCGCCUCCACGGUGCACCUCACGAAGGGCCGCCCAGCAUUCGCGUUGUAUGCUGUGUAAGAACUACGUCCCCACCCCAUAGUCCUCAAGACGGGAAAUCUGCAACACAAAUCUCCAAGUUUUGGGAUUUCUGCAUGAUAAGUUUCCAUCUGCUGCAGUCUAGUGCUGGUUAGCAAGGAAAGCCGCAGGAGAAAGCCAGUUUCUCAUCCUAUUUGCAGCAUUACAAGUCGUGCCAAAACAGGAUUGGAAAUGCCUCUCAUGGAGAUGCGCAUUGCAAAUGUUUCUGUCAUUGCGUAUUAGCAUGACAACUCUGGCGGAUGGGGACGUUUUUGCUGAGGAUACGUUGUUAUCAAAUGUAAAAAUGUCUGGGUCUGGAAGAAUGCAACUUGUAAUGCGUAUUUCAGAACACAGAAAAGUCUCUCAUGUAUACGUAGCAAAAGCUCCCACUUUUUGUCAGCAAAAUAGGGGGCUUGUCAUGCGGAUUCGGCAUUGCGGAAGGCUCUCGAAACCUGUGAUGCUAGAGCUUCCAUGCCAGACCUUCUGUGUCAUACAAAAACAGCAUGAUUCUUCCAGACCCAGACAUUUUUGCAAUCCAUAGUUGUGGGCCUUGUUCGUCUUCUUUCUCCUCGCGGCGGCGUAUUUACUGAAUGAAGCCGUAUUCCCGGAAUUCCACAAGCACUACAUCCACUCCGCCGAUUUCGCGCACGGAGGCGAUGACGGGUCCCUGCCCCCGGGGUACCUGUUACCGAGCCCGAAGUUGCAGUUCACGCUUGCGUGUGGCAUCACGCUGCACAUCUUGGUUAUCCUGUGUAAAAACGUCCCCAUCCCAGAGAAAAGAGGCGAAUUCUGCAACACAGAUCCAGAAGUUUUGGGAGUGACGCAUGACAAGUUUUUCUCUCUACUGUAAUGCGGGUUAGCAAGGACAGCCGCAUCACAAAGCCCCCCUGGUAUCCUGUUUACAGCAUCACAAAUUGCAUAGACACGAUUGAAAAUGCCUCUCAUGGGGAUGCGCGUUACAAGUUUUUCUGUGAUUGUAAAUCUGCAUGACAAAAAUAACCCUGGGAGGGGAACGUUUUUACACAGGAUAUUGGUCCUCGUCGCAUUCGGACUCUUCUACUACACGGAUGAGUUCCUCUGGAAAGCGUCCACAGUCUACCCCCGGCACUGGCAAAACGAAGUAAUGCCCGGCUCGGCUUCGCACGGCCUUUUCGCGACGAAGAAGGCAAAGAAAAUGGCAAUGCUGCAACCCAGCAGCGCGCUAUCCGAAGACCUCCAAGAGGCAAAGGAACUGCACGCGGAGGAGAGGGAGCAGCAGCGGGGAAAGAUUGCCACUUUCUUGCGAAGCAUGAGCGCUUCCUUGUUCGGGCGUGGUGCUGGUGGGGGAAGACGGACGACGGAAAACAUGAAUCAGUCGCGGCCGGUGGUGAAAAACGAAACUGUGGUCUUGGCCCCGGCUACGGGAAUUUCGCUGUCAACGGGCGGGGGCUCGUCUUUGCAAGACGGAACAGUUGAGGACUACACGGCGGCCACUGGAGAACAUCAACCGCACUCCUCGGCCACUGACGACUACCUACCGAUCAGCAAGAGCGGCAUGGAGGGCCUGUUUGGGCCGGAAGGUGCUGACGCAAACGGUACUAAGGCGAAAAAGCUGCUCCAGGAAAAAAAACCGCAGCGCAGCAGCCGCGCCCAGUUGCUGAUCCCUUCGGAUGCGUCUUCGUCGGUCGGAGCGGGCGGGGAGGAGUUUAUUCCACCUGCGGUUCCUGAGCAACUUCUACCCGAGCAACUACCCGGUACUUCUAAAAAUGAGCUGCCAGUUGUGAAUGAGGAAGUGGACGCGGUGGAAGACCAGCAAUACAACUACAAAUUCGUCGACAACGUGGUCGAGCCCGUCGUGGUCGCUUCUCCUGCACCAAAAGAUGUUGAUGGCGUUGGUUCCAUCAUCCGGGCGAGCAUGCAGUAGCUGUUGACUCACGAAGUAAGUUUCUUUUUGACCUUCUGUGCAUAUUUUUUUUAAGCGGCUUUAUUUUUCCUUCUCUUUACCAGCUCCACCAGGAGAGCCUGCCGGUGAGUGCAUAAUUGUUUCGACCUGAGUAUCAACUGUGUAUCCCGUGGUCCCCGUGAAUCGAUUUGUUCGAUAAAGAAUCUAGAUUUUAUUUGUACUACCCUUAUUUUCACCUGAGCACAACGCGGCCACGUCUGCGAUUUUUUUACAACCGAGAAGCGUCCCCCUGUGUUUUCAAAACUAGCAUCCCCCUUUUUAGUUUUCGAAACUAGCUAAAAUUUUUGUCAAGAGCGCUUGAUUGUACUUGUACUGCCAAGCCAAGCUUCUAUGCGAGUGCGCCCUCGCUGAUCAUCAGUGUUGUAACGUAAAAAUAUUAACCCGUCGAAAGUACUGGCUCUACUCUGAGAAUGCAAGAAACGACCAGCUCCCAACGUUGCAAAAUUUUCCUUCGGCACGUCCACAUGUUGCCGCAGCUAGAUUAGAAUUUGGCGUAAGUACGCAUGUUCAUCUAUCUUAGUACACGGCCGCGUAAGUAAGCGUAUGGAAGGCAAUACUAGCGACAGGCAUUCUACUUUUACUUUGCGAU